UUUGCCAUGGCCGGAGGAGAAAGAGAGUAGGGUUCCUCCCACGGCGCUCACGAUCGGUAUGUGUGAAUCGAGCUUAGGGCUUCAAUUCGACCGCAUUCUCUCUGUGGAGGAUGAAUCUUCGCAUUCAGCACAAAUGCGGUAGAAAUCCUCGCGUGUAGCGGUGGCCGAUAAGAGGAUGGAGGGCGAGGGAAAGAUCGGGUUUGAUAGAAGCCGAGUACGCAUUCUUCUGUGUGAUAAGGAUUCGGCCACCGCGCAAGAGGUGAAAGAGCUGCUGUGCCGCUGUUCAUAUCAAGUUUCCGUUGUAAAGACUGCUAGACAAGUUGUGGAGGUGCUAAAUAUCACUGAUUCUAAGGUGGAUUUGGUGCUCUCCGAGGUGGAGCUGCCAAAUGGUAGAGGAUUUAAGAUGCUCAAACAUAUUGUGAAGUCGGAGAAUUUCAAGCACAUUCCAAUCGUCAUGAUGUCUGCGCGUGAUGAGAUGGCCGUGGUUGUCAAGUGCUUGAAACUUGGGGCGGCCGACUAUCUGGUGAAGCCUUUGCGCAUAAAUGAGUUGCUCAAUCUGUGGACUCAUAUGUGGCGAAGAAGACGAAUGCUAGGACUCACAGAAAAACACAUACUCAAGGGACACUUGUCGAGCAGAAACACCAUAGCCGAGAUUUUUGUCUCGGAUACGAGUGAGUCGAACACUUUCAGCACUGACAUCUUUUCGGAGGAUAGCAACGACAACAAAGUCAAGAAGCUUAAACCAAUCUCCGAAGACGAAGAACAGGCACCCGAGCUAGAAUUGUCACUGACGCCGAAGUCCAAAGAUUCCACAAGAACAACAGAGAUUGGUGAACCAGAAAGAAGACCGUCUCCUCUAAGGAAGAGCGAACUGAAACUGGGCCAAUCUUCCGCAUUCUUGAGCUACACAAGGCUCGUCAGCAGGACAACGAACGCUGAAAAACCCGAUUCGACGACACAGCCCCCUACGUGCAUGGAAGUGCCUGUAGGAACAUCGCAGCAGCCUCUAGACUUAGAAGAACCAGGCCAGGUCGGAGCAAGAGGAAACCAAGCGGCUGAGUUAACUCAAACGCAGGAACCCGAUGAUGAUCCAGAGCAAAGCCACCACCACCACCACCACCACCACCAGCAUUCAAUACCAUGGAGUAGCUCCUCCACGACUGGAGCAGCGGAACAAUACCAGGUGUUACAGAUAAACGACCCCCGUGCUGCUGCUGCCGCUGCUGCUCACGCUGCUACCGGCGUCUUCAACCAGGCUCACAUCAUCCCGCCGCUCAUGGUGCCGCACUCGAUCCACCCCUCGACGCUGCUACAGCCACCGAUACACUACUAUCAAGCUGUGCCGCCGCCAGAGGCUACUCCCAUCCCGGCAGCAGCGUUCUCGUACUAUCCUUUUCCUCUGCACAUACCAUCGCAACAGGUCCCUUGGAACGCCGCAGCGUUGCCUCAAGUUGGACCCGAGAGAAAAGCUGGCGUAGCGGAGCGGAGAGAGGCAGCGCUACACAAGUUCAGGCAAAAGCGGAAGGACAGGUGCUACGAGAAGAAGAUCAGAUAUGCAAGUCGCAAGCGUUUGGCUGAGCAGAGGCCCCGGGUCAAGGGACAGUUUGUUAGAAGAGCAGAGGAGUACGAGGACGAGGACGAGGACGAUGACGAAACAGGGAGGGAUAUGUCUCCAGAGAGUGGCGUGGAGGUGACACAGUAAGCUCUCUCAAAGUCAGCUAGGAUGGAUUCUCAAAACAAUAUGUUUGCUAUACUAAGAUAAGGGAGCGUGAGCUCACCUCAGUCCUUCGCUCCUGAGAGGUUUGAACGGGACGCCGAGUUGGCCACAGUAAGAAUGCAGCAUCUUCUCA